UAACUCUUCCUUUUCUACCGGUUAGAAAGAAAUGUUUGUGUUCGCCCAGGACUAAAAUGUCUCAAGUCGUUUGCUCCUAAUUCGAAAGGUUUACCACACAACAAAAACCCGGCCGACCCGUUUAUCUAGUUUCUGAACAAGGUAGCCAUUAUUACGCUUGCGAAAGGGAGUGAGCCGAAACCUGCGCUUAGCUUGUGACGGGGAAACGACUUGCUCGUUAACAUGGUUCAACGGGCUGAAAGGCGAAAAGAAGCGUAAAAAAAGAAGAAGAAAAGAAACAAACUACCGAAAUAUAAAGGAAUUUGUGAAGACCCUUCCUGACACCAUGAAUCGCAGUAACAGGGUAAACUCUGAGGACUCUCUGGGUCCCAAUGAUGAAUAUGUGCCAUACAGUGAUGAUGAAACAGAUGACGAACUUGAUGAGAGGACAGACAUUGAAGAUAGCCAGGUACAGCAGGAGACUGUACCUGAGACAAUAGUGGGCGCCUGGAAAGUUAAAGCAAAUGAUAAAGAUUUCUACAAUUUGCCAGAGUUUCAGAAAAAGACGUUUCUCUGCUUAAAGCAGAGUAAAUAUUCAGGGAAUGCCAUCAAAACCUACAAAUACAAUGCACUGACGUUUCUACCCCUGAACCUCUUUGAACAAUUCAAUCGAGCUGCCAACCUCUACUUCCUUGGCUUGCUGAUCUUACAGAUUAUUCCUGAAAUCUCCACUCUGCCUUGGUACACUACUCUGGUGCCUUUAGUGCUGGUGCUGGGAAUCACAGCCAUCAAAGACUUAGUGGAUGACUUGGCCCGUCACAGGAUGGACAAAGAAAUUAACAACAGAAAAUCUGAAGUCCUGUUCAAUGGCAGGUUCCGGGAAUCUAAGUGGAAGAAAAUUCAAGUUGGGGAUGUAGUUCGCUUAAAGAAAAAUGACUUUAUUCCUGCUGAUAUUCUGUUAUUAUCCAGUUCAGAACCAAACAGUCUGUGUUAUGUAGAAACAGCUGAACUUGAUGGAGAGACCAAUUUAAAAUUUAAAAUGGGCCUGAAAGUAACGCAUGAAAGACUGCAAACAGAACAUCAACUGGCCAAUUUUGAUGCCAUGAUCGAGUGUGAGGAGCCGAACAACCGGCUGGACAAGUUCAUUGGCAUGAUGAAGUGGAGGCAGGAGAGGUACGCGCUGGACCUGGACAACAUACUGCUGCGCGGCUGCACGGUCCGGAACACCGAGUUCUGCCACGGCUUGGUCAUCUACGCAGGCUCCGACACCAAAAUCAUGAGGAAUGGCGGCAAAACCAGAUUCAAAAGGACUAAAAUAGAUGAGUUAAUGAACUACAUGGUCUACACUAUCUUCAUUCUCCUCAUCCUGGUGGCAGCUGGCCUAGCCAUUGGCCACACUUUCUGGUAUGAGGAGAUGGGCAGCAUUGCCUGGUAUUUGUACGACGGCAAGAAUCAGAGUUCCUCCUACAGAGGUUUUCUCAGCUUCUGGGGAUAUAUCAUUGUGCUGAACACCAUGGUACCCAUUUCCCUCUAUGUAAGUGUGGAGGCCAUUCGCCUGGGGCAGAGCAGGUUCAUCAACUGGGACCUGCAGAUGUACUACUCGGAGAAGGACACCCCUGCCAAGGCCAGAACCACCACCCUCAACGAGCAGCUGGGGCAGAUCGAAUACAUCUUCUCCGACAAGACGGGGACCCUCACGCAGAACAUCAUGGCUUUCAAGAAAUGUACCAUCAGUGGCAAGACCUACGGAGACCCCUACAGCACAGAUGGAGUGGCUAUGGAAAAUAUGGUACCCGUGGAUUUUAGCUGGAAUUCGUAUGUCGACAAGAAAUUCAAGUUCUACGACCACCGUUUGCCCUCCUGUAUCCGGGCUGGAAAGGAGCCUGAGGUGCUUGAGUUUUUCAAACUGCUGUCGCUCUGCCACACUGUGAUGGUGGAGCAGAAAGAUGAUGAGCUGGUCUACCAGGCAGCCUCUCCUGAUGAAGGAGCACUUGUCACGGCUGCAAGGAAUUUUGGAUACGUCUUCCUGUCACGGACGCAAGACACCAUUACCAUCAGUGAGAUGGGGGAAGAAAGGACUUAUACCAUGUUGGCACUGUUAGACUUUAACAGUGACAGGAAGCGAAUGUCGUUUGCAGUGAGAUUCCCGGAUGGCAGAAUCCGCCUCUACUGUAAGGGAGCAGACACCGUGAUCUAUGAACGCUUGGCUAGCAAUUCCCCGAACACGGACACUACCCAGGUUGCUCUGGAUAGUUUUGCAAGCGAGACCCUUCGCACUCUCUGCCUGUGCUACAAAGACAUCAGUGAAGAGGUGUUUGAAGCCUGGAACAGAAAGCACAAGGAAGCCAGUGUUGUCAUGCAGAACCGAGAAGCAGCUCUGGAUCGGGUCUAUGAGCAAAUAGAGACCAACCUGAUUAUGAUUGGAGCCACUGCCAUUGAAGACAAGCUGCAAGAUGGGGUCCCAGAGACUAUAGCCAAACUAGCCCAGGCUGACAUCAAAAUCUGGGUUUUGACAGGCGAUAAGAAAGGUAGAUUUUCAUGGUUAUGAGCCGUGUUUUGGCGA